AUUGGGUAAUCGCAUCAUGAGCUAACAGCCAAUCACACACUGUAUCCAAGAGGAAUGGACCCGCUGAGAUUUAAGUCAAGGUUUUUGAAUGCAUGAUUGCUGAGGCAGGUGCUGCAUAACAACUAGUGCAUCGGCAUAUAUAUUUGUGUAAUGUGCUGCAUAUUUUAAAAAAAUAUGUAAUUGGAGUAUCAACGGAGCCAUACAGCAUUCCACCAUAAUCCAACAGGAGGACUCCAGUGAGACAUUAGAGCCCUCUACAGAUCAAACGCAGUCACUGAGGCCAGAUGGACAGUUGGUCUCCAUGGUUACGCCACAACAAGUCUGCACGGGGAGGCAGAGAUUUGGCACGGCUUAAGAAAGUGCGUUACCAUAAAUUUUUUUUGGGGGGGGGUGGAUUCCCCAUUUCCUAAGACCAUGUGUGACGUGUACAGAGUUUUCUCCUCGGCCAAAGUGGAGCAGAUGGAGGCCGAGCUGUCCCGCCAGCUCUCGGCACUCCGGGAGGAGGUCGAGGAGAACGGAUUUCCUCAAGGAGCCUCCAGAUGUUACAGUUCCGUUCUGCCUCCAAAAGAUGUUUCCUUCUUCCGGCUGGAGAGGGAACACGCUCUGAGGAGAGGGCUGCAGGUGGCUGAAGCGUUGCCGGUUCAGUCUCAGGCUGACGUCAUGCAGAGGGAGCUGGAGAGUUGCCUGAGUCUCGAGUACACUCCCGACAGCCUGCCUCCACUUCUACACCAGUUCUACACCGACAGAUCGUAUCAGCUGGCUCACACUAAAUAUCUGCUCAUGCUGAGAUGGAGGAGAUUCUGUCGCCACAGCAGCGUCAUUGAGGAGCUUUAUCCUCAUUACAAGGAUCAGAUGUCGUGUUUGACGAGCGAGUACGAGGACGCCGUGCAGAGAGCCCGCCGGCUGUCGGCGAGCAGAGAGAAGAUCCUCGCCGGCCGAGGGAACCUCGCCGACCCGCCGACGCGGGACGACGUGCUCAUCUACCUGCGCUGGCUCGUCUGCCAUCUGCACGCCGUUCAGCCCAUUCACAGCUUCCUCAGGGCGCUGCACUACAUCCCAGCUUCUGAACGGAAAGACGAGCCUCAACCAAAACCUCACGGGGAAACUUCACAUGAGACUCCACGUGUUGGCGGGUUGACAGGUGUUCCGGGGCCGGCUGCUGGAGUUCCCCUGCACGCCGCUCACCUGGAGGAGUUCCUCCCCGAGCUGCAGGAGCUCAUCGCUCACUUCCAGCUUUCCUACGACGCUCGAGAGCUCCAGACCAGCGCAGACGAGAUGGAGCUAUUCAGCUCGGUCUGGAGGGAGUUCAGAACGAUCUUCGGACAGCAGGAGCAGAUGAAGACGUUUCCUCAGUACGACGGGUCAGAGGUCAAAGGUCAAUGGGGGAGGAAGAGCGGGAGGACGGCUCUGAGGAAGGAGGCCGACUGGAUCCCCUUCAUUCAGGUGAAGCCCACACGGGAUCCGUGGCAGCAGAAGUUCGUCACCAAGCUCAAGGAAAAGAAGUCGGUUGACGAGCUGCUGAAGAUGAGCAGCAGCCUUCUGCAGGUCUCCGAUCUGCUGCACGUCGCCGCGGCUUUGAAGGAUCACGCCGCUCACGACGGCGGCGUCCGGUCGGCGGCGACCUCAUCGCCGAUCUCAUCGGCCUCGAGCGGCAGCGAGGCGAAGCGACGAAAGAUCUCCGAGCUCUGGACCAGUGUUUACGGCGCCGCUCCUCUCACUCAGGAAGGAACGGAUCGGGUAAACGGAUCUAAAGGCCACAAGAAGAAGAGUCCAACCUCAAACACGGAGGACGAAAGCUGCUCCCUGGAGGGCCGCCUGCAGCUCCUGGGUCUGGAUGAUAGUUUAGAGGAAGGAACCUCUGAUCCCAUCGUAACCAGAGGCGCUUACCUGUCUCUGAUUCACCUGCGUCACCUCAAACUCCGGCAGCUGCAGCGCGUCGCUCUCGGGCUGCUGAACUACCUGCGCUCCGUGGAGAGGACGUUGACCUUUGACCUGGCGGGUCUGCAGCUGGAGGACGGAGAGCUGCGCAGCACGGCGGAGGAAACGGGCUGGAUGAACGCAGCCCGGGGGGGGCGCGGGGCGGCGGGGGGCCUCGGCUCGCUGCAGUACAGCCACAACGCGCCCGUGGACUGGAAGGUCCGAUGCUCGGAGUUCAUGGAGUUCGCGGAGGUGGAGAACCUGCACGACUUCUACAGCGCCGAUGGGCGGCUCGUCCACGCCCAGGACCAGCGGGGCCUCUUCGUGGUGUACGACGCCGCCCUGGGGGACCUGCGGGAUCUGGAGGACGAGCUCCUCCUGGUCGGCUCGCGCUUCCUCCAGAGAGACGGGACCAGGAGGAGGAGGAGGAGCAGCGCCGCGAGAGCCGCCGGGCCGCACGCGGACCGCGCGGCCGUGCUGCUCGACCUGUGGACCUGCGAGACGGACUUUCUGGAGAGCAAAGUGCAGCUCUUGAACUGUUACUACGAGGCGUACCAGCAUGCACCGGGGGCCGAGGAGAGGUUUGCGUUGGCGCGCGUUAUCACCGACAUCAUGCACAGCCGCCCGCAGCUGGACCUGAGCCAGGACUACUUUGUGGAGGCCUACCGGGCUCACAGCGGCUGCCUGCUCAGCCACCAGCGGCUCAUCAGAGACAUCCUGGACAACCAGAUAGAAAACCAGCGUCAGUACCUCCAACACAUCUGGAGGGACGACCGCAAAGGCUCCGCCCACGACUUUGGGAUCCCACCAAAACACGUUCCCAAACAUCUGGUCUCACUCGGAGGCGGCGGCCCUGCGUUGAUGAGCACCUUCCUGCUGGAGGUCCAUCCCUCCCUCGGCUUGUCCUCCGCCGUCUACCACGGUUUAGUUCGGGCUCACUCGGAGCUCUGCCAGCUGCACGGAGCCGCCGGCGCUGCGGAGACGCUCGCCCUGCAGCAGCGGCUCCUGCGGCGGGCGCUGCAGCGCUGGCGGCGCCGGGAGGCACCCGGAGCCGCCUACAGCCCCCAGAUGCAGAAGGAUUUGUUCUCAGCUGAGUUCUUCGAGGACCCGUUCCUGGUCCAGGAGGUAGGGCUGUCGUUGGUCGGGUCUGCGGAGGAGGAGGAGGAGGAGGGCGCGAUGGAGGAGAAACGAAUGUUUGAGGUGGAAACGUUCUCCAAGCUGCUGGAGCUCGUCACGGUCCGCCAUCGUCUGCUGGAGUCGGCCUCCGAGACCGCACAUCUGGCCGAGUUGUACAGAAACGCGGCGUCGGAGCUCGGCUUCGGCGGGUUCCACCUUCACCUGAGGCCGGUGACCUUUGAGACCGCGGAGCAGAGGCCUGUCGUCACCACGGAAACGCUGGAAGAUGACGGCACCGUGGACCGGUUCACGCCGCCCCAGCUGCCUCUGAGCAUCCAUGAAGUGGACGAGGACGACAUUGGGAGGUUUAGCUUCAGCUCGCAUGAGGCUGUGGCUCAGCUCGUGAGCACGCGGAGGAUCGAGAACCUGCAGGUGACUCUGGCCUGUCAGCUGGUGCAGAAGAACGCCUUGAUGAGCGCCGUGCAGCUACUCUGUGUCUGUCACGCGGCGGAGAGCGAGAGCCGCGAGCCGCCGGCCUGGAGUGAAGCCGCUUGUCAUUCCGCUAAAGACGUAAAAUUGGACUCCGAACCUGGAAGCGACGUCAACAACCUGCAGGACGGAUCCAACUCUUCUCCCUCAGCGAGAACUCCCGCCUCUUCCAAGGAGAGGCUUCAGGAAGCUUUUGUGUCCAUCCAGCUGGAGAAAGUGUGUCUGCGCGACGAGAUGCUGAAUUCCUUUGUGAAGAAGAAACGGGCCGCGGGGGGUCUCCUGGAAAGCCCGGAAGAAGCAGCGAAGAUCAAAAGGAGCCUCAUCAUCGACUUCCUCAAGAAGUUCAACGCGCGGAUGUCCCUGCACGCUGUGAGGGCUCAGGUCGUCUCGUACUGUCUCCGCCUCUCCGUCCUCCUGGAGGACGUCCCCUCCGUCCGCCGCUCACUCUUCAGCAUCGGGCCAGACGUCCUUCACAAAGCCGACCCCCGGUCCUUUCGGCCUCGGCGUCUGCUGUCUGCAGACGGCUCGGCGCUCUGCAACUUGUGGUACAUCCCCCAUUUCUCCGAAGUGCUUCACAUGUUCACCAACGUUCCGGCGUGCGCCGCCGCUCUCCGUCACACGCUGCUCAUCGUCGCCGCUCUCCAUGACAUCAUCUGUUACCUGGUGGCCUUCUCCAGGCUGGGGAACGCAGACGACAGCUGGAGCGCGCCGGGCUCACUGUCGGCGGACUGGGGGGGCGCCGAAGGCAUCGAAGCCGAGCUGCUGGAGCUCCGGCGUCAGGUCGCCCUCCUGUCUGCUCCCAGCUGCCCGCAGGCUGUCGGCCGUCUGCUGCAGCUGCGCAGACAGGUGCUGCUCCUGCAGUUCGACACGGCCGUCAGACACGUCAUCAGGGAGGAGUUCCUCUCCUCCGGCGACGUCUCUUCCUACCGCAGCGUGAGCGACAACAUGGCGUCCGCCCUGCCGCUGCUGAGUGACGGCCUCCGGCCGGACGCCUUCGGCCUCACGCUGCCCGUUCCCGCGCCUCUCGAGGCUCGCGGCCCUCAGGCUCGCCGCUGGUUCCCGUGGAGGAGUCUCCUGGCCUGCGGCGGGCGGGGCCUGUGCGGCGCCCCGCCCAUCGAGCGCUGCAUGCAGCUGUGUCUGAGCGGGCUGAGCGACCGCAGUCGCCUGCAGGCCAACGCGGCGAUGCUCGGGGUGUCUCUGCUGCUGCAGGACGUCCUGAACAGUGGAAGAGAGGCGGGGCCUGUGCGUCUCCACGGCAACGAGGAUGACCUUCUGCCCGACGAGGAAGCUGAAGAAGAAACGAGGAAGACCGGUCUGUCUGCUCUUCUUCCUCCUCAGGAUCCAGUCAGAGUCCAGUCGGUGUUGAAAGGGUUCCUCCUGCUCACCAAGCAGCUCCAGGUGUUCAAGGAGAUCUGGACUCGGAGGCGUUUGGGAGCGCGGGCCUUCGAGACGCCCGGUUCAUGUCAGCAGUCCGUGGAGCUCUACAGAGCGGAGAUCUUUGACCCCAGCAUGAGAGCUCUGGCUCGACGAAUGGGGAAGGAGCGCGACUACGAGGCCUCGCUGUGCGGCGGCCGGCCUCUCCUGCCUCCACCUGGAGCCUCAGAGGUCGACGUGAAGGCCGAGCAGCUUCACCACCUGCUGGAGAGCACCGAGUGCGACAUGAUCCGGGCGGUGCAGACGAGGGUCAACGGAGAGAUGGCGCUGGCGGUGUCAGAGCGAAGCAGACGGGACGAGGGCCUCCCUACAGAGCUGUGGAAGAAAGGCCCGCUGAAAUACACUUUGACCCCCGAGCGGCCGCACAUCGUGGAGACGUUCGUCCAGCAGCUGAUGGAGGGAGCGGAGGAGGCGGAGGGGCAGCUGAGAGUCUCUGCGCGCGGCCUCCAGCGCUGCGUCGCUCAGCUCGGCUGCUCGCUGGCGGAGAGCGAGCGCCGCAGCUUCCUGCUCCGCUCGCAGUUCUACGAGCAAAUCCUGCAGCACGAGACCGGGCUGCUGUAUCGGAGCGAGCAGGAUUUAAAGAAUCUUCAGGCGUCUGCGACCAGCGGCUCACACAAAGAGGUAACCGCUGGAAUUCCAGAGGUCGCGUGUCGUGGGAUGAUGAUGGAGAUCUCGGCGCUGCAGACUCGAGUCGCUCACCUGGAGGAGGAGAAGAGAACUCUGGAGGAGCAGCUCGGCCUCCGCUUUAGAGAACGCUACGACCCUUUGGUCCGCCACCUGUUCGCCACCUGCAUCCAGCUCAAGGCCCAGCUGGACCAGUACCGCCGGCGGAUGCAGCAGGAUGUGAGCGAGAUGGUGACCCGAGUCCGGGUGGAGGGCGUGGACCGGAUCAUGAAGCUGAGGAAGAAACUCGGCUCCACCGACGACGGCGAUGCACUCGUACAGUUAAAGAAAGAGGAAGAAGUCCACGAGUUUCGGCGGGAGAACCGCCGGCUGAGCGCGCUGCUCUGCCAGCAGAAGGCUCUGAGCCGCUGGAGGCAGGCGGUCGACCACGAGAAGAUCCACCGGCAGCUGCUGGAAACUCAGCAGAGGGAGAUCGCGUGUCGCAGCGAUGCCCUCGGAGUGAAGAUGAGGUCAGAGGAAGAGGUGAUGAUCCUGCAGGAGCAGCUGGAGGCGGCGAGGAAGGCGCUGAGCUGCAGUCGAGCCGAGUGCAGCGGCACCGAGACGCUGCUCGGCAGGAAGGCCGAGCAGCUCCAGCUGGCCAGGCAUCAGUCUGCGCAGGAGGCCCGCGGCAGGCGGGAGCUGGACGGCUACCGGGCGCAGAGCCUGGAACGGAUGAAAGCCGCCGUGGAGGACGGAGAGCGGCGGCUCCGGGGCCUCAGCGGGCAGCUGGACCGGGGCAGCCGGAUGAAUCGGUUGCACCGGCAACGCAGCGCCAGAGAGAUGAAACAGGUGAGGAGCCAGCUCCAGCAGGAGCUCAGCCUCAAACGAGAGGCCUUCCAGCAGGUGAACAGACUGCAGGACCAGGUGACUGACCUGGGAGCAGCUGCUACUGCAGGGCCAAGCAGGUCUGAUUAUAAUCCGUCAGUCAGCAGAUGGAGGACUACGGGCCCCUCAGCAGGUCUCCACCGGGCCGGUCGGCAGCACUCCGGCCUCAGGAGCUCCGCCGUGCUUCAGGACUCGGCCGCAGAACCGGCCCGGAGCCGCUCCCACGCCAGAAUGGACAGAGCCAAAGCCGAACCGUCUCGUCUGCGCGACCCGACGGCGCCGGACCGGACCGCCUCGUCCUGAACGACUUGUUUACCAACUUUUCUUUGUUGAUUCACUUU